GAGAAGGGAAUCGGUGCUCGCUUCUCUAACGCUGGAUCGAUUCUGGGCACGCGUGCGUGGGCGUCAUGGCGGACGUGGGGAAGGUCAGCUCAGGCAUUUUCGCCAAAAACGCCAAGAAACGGAUCACCAGGGCCCAGGAGAAGGUGCUGCAGAAGUUGGGAAAAGCUGAUGAGACCAAGGACACACAGUUUGAACAGCUGGUGCAAAACUUCAGCAAGCAAUAUGGUGAAGGAACCAGGCUACAUAAAGAAGUCAAGGCCUACCUGGCAGCAGUCAAAGCCAUGCACGAGUCAUCCAAGAAGUUGAUUGAAUCACUUCAAGAGAUUUACGAGCCAGACUGGUAUGGAAAGGAGCUCAUUCAGGAUAUUGCGGAGCGGAACAAUGAACUGUGGGAAGACUUCCACCAGAAGCUGGUGGAUCUGGCAUUACUCACCCUCGAUACAUACUUGGGGCAGUUUCCUGACAUAAAGACACGCAUUGCCAAACGCGGCCGGAAACUGGUGGAUUACGAUAGCACCAGACAUCACUUGGAAGCCUUGACAUGCACGAGGAAGAAGGAUGACUCCAAAAUAAGCAAGGCAGAAGAAGAUUUUCUGAAGGCUCAGAAGGUAUUUGAGGAGCUGAAUGUGGACCUGCAAGAGGAGCUGCCAAUCCUUUGGAAUAGCCGUAUUGGAUUUUACGUGAACACUUUCAGAAGCAUUGCGAGUCUGGAGGAGAAAUUUCACAAAGAGAUUGGUCUGUUGAACCACGAGCUGUACGAGGUGAUGGUGAAGCUGGGCGAGCAGCACGCUGACCUGGCCUUCAGCAUUCGAGGUGCACCCAGUGAUUCAGGGCCACUAAAGAUAACGGAGACCCCGUGUUCCCCGCCGGAGAUCACCGUGCAAGCCCCCACCUCCCUCUUCACGGGCGAUGAGCAGGCACUUGGUCCAAACCACAUGUCAGCUCCUCUCAAGUCUCCAUCACUGGGACGCAAGGGGCCGCCAGUACCACCACCACCCAAGCUUACGCCCAGCAAGGAAGUGCAGCAGGAAGCUAUCUUCAGCCUGUUUGAUGACAACUUUGUCCCAGACUUUAGCAGCGCACCGACAGAAGCAGCUAAGAAGCAUGAGGGGAGCUUGUUGGACAUCGAUUUUGACCCUCUGAAGCCAGACACGGUCACAACACCCAUGAGCCCUGCCAUAAACCAGACGUUACUGUUUGAUCUUGCAUGGGAGGCAAGUCCUCAGCAGGUGCAACCUCCUCCUCCUCAGCCUGUGAUGCCCGUUGAACCUGUGAUUCCGGUUGAGCCUGUGAUUCCUGUUGAGCCUGUGAUACCAGUGCAACCUGUUAAACCAGCGCAGCCACAAUCUGAGCCUGUGCAAGGCCAUACCAGCAAUUAUAUGUUCACGGAUGACUUAUUCAAUGAGCAGCCAGGUAGUGCAGGUGAAAGCGAAGAAAAAGCUUGCUGGAGUUGGGAUAAACAGGAGGAGCUUGAAGUUUCACUUGUCCAACAUGAGCAGUGUAAUUCGGAAAGCGAACCUUUUAAAGUCGUCCUUGGCUCGUAUGACGGCAGUGUCAGUGCAGAGUUUUCUCUGAAGAGUGAUUGUGCAGAUGUAGAUGUAGGAGAGAGAAGUGUAGCUUCUGCACAAUUAGACGAACAGAGUGGUGAGGCUAUGCAGUUUGAGAGUCAAUGUGUGUCAUCUGCCCCUGAUAAAUCUGAAAGCUGUGAACAGGAUGGAGAUAAUUUGGAUGAGCCUCGUCAUGGUGCUUUGCAGUUAGCAGAUGAUGUGUGUGCCAAUGUUGAGUCAGAUCAAGAGCAUGGUAAGGGUAAUGAAUGGUCUCUUGAAGUGAUUCAUGACACAAAUUACCAUUCAGAGAAGGAAUCCAAUGAUGAAGGUCGAGUUGUAGGUAGUCUGUGCUCUGCAUACAAUGUGGCUAGCAGCUUAACAUCAAACAAGUAUGGAGAUAAACAAUCAGUAAAAGAUGAAGGAGUGUUCGAUGAUGAUCACAGAGAACACAUGCAUACCGCUGACGAGGUUGCAGCUGAAACUUUAGACAUUAUUCAGCCGAGUGCUGAAAAUGAGGAGGGCUUUGAUCAACACAGGAGACAGAAUAGUCAACAGGAGGCAGAGCCAGAAACAGCAGCUGAAGAAGAGGAAUACAAGGAUUCCCAUAUUGCUGUGAGUACACCGCUCCAUACUGAUGCGGGUCAAAAUGUAGAUAAGGAACAGUUGAUAGGACCUAGAUGUGAGACAGCUGUGGGAGUUGCAAGUAAUCCUGAUGUGUCAGUUAAUCAAUCCGAAGUUGAAAAAUCACACAUCCCCAUUGCAUCUGAGGAUUAUAGUAUUGAUUCUGAGUUUAAAAAAUGUAUCACAUCAAUUCGUUUAUUUUCCGAUAACAGAAUAGCUUGUGAGAAUGCUUGUACUCUGAAACAAGAGGAUGAGAUGUCAGGUUGCGAGACACUUAAUAAUAUUUAUGCAACAGAAGUUACUGAUGAAAAACAUUUAGAUAUGUUAAACUUUUUUCCAGAUCAGGACAGUUGGUUGAAUGAGGCAUUUGCCAACAGAGGGGAUAAUUUUCAGGAAUUAAGCACUGAUUUAAAAAAAGUUCUUGAGGAUCCUUUGUCCUGUAAGGAUUUCAUUGCCUCAAAAACCCUAGUAAGUAAUAGCUGGACCCAGGAUGUGGACACAACCCCAGAAUUUGGCACAGCUGAUAAAAUAUACCAUCAGGAUAAUGUGAAUGAGCAGGGGCAUUCGGUGCCUGAUUGUAUGUCAGAGGCUGUUGGGGAAAGUUCUCGGGCGGAUGUUUCAUACACAAAAAGUGAUAAUGCCAAAAGCAAAGAUGCCAAAAUACCUACGACAAGUACAGAUAACUGGGAUAGUAGACAUAGUAUGAAGGGAAGAAUUGGACAGAAACAUGAAGACAAUAUUGACAAUAUGCAAGAUAGACAUGAGGAGCUCCUCUUCAAAUCAGACGACAAAGAGAAAGAGAAUGUCAGUACAGCAGAAGAAACAAGCCAGAAACCUGCAUCUUUGGAUGAAACUAGUGAGACAAUGGAAGCAGCCAUGGGUCCUUUGGUUAAGAGCCCAGAAUCUGAAAGUGCUGUCGUUCCCGCUGAAAUGGAUGUCGUUCCCGCUGAGAUGGCUCCCAUCCCUAUGGAGACUCCCAUUGUGGAAGUCACUGCCAGCACCCCCACUCCGGUGGACUCUGGUCCAGAGUUGGACAUGGCAUUUGUGACCAAUGGAGAGGCUGAGGUUGAAGCAAGCAAGCAUGUUAACACGUCAUCAGAAAGCACUGACAUGCCCCCUGGAUUCUUGUACAAGGUGCAGGCCGAGCAUGACUACACUCCGCUGGAUGCUGACGAGCUGACUUUGCUGCGUGGAGACGUGGUUCUCGUGUUGUCCUUUGAAAACGCCGACGAACAGGAUGCAGGAUGGCUCACAGGAAUCAAGGAAUCUGAUUGGAUGGCAUACAAGGACCUAAUGGGCCGUAAAGGUGUGUUUCCAGAAAACUUCACUCAACGUUUGGAGUAGUUGAGUUCUUUCAAUGGCUGAUUUUGCUUCAUACACAUUCUUGUUUAACACAUCCACACACCCAAAACAAUAUUUUUACAACUGUUUUCCUGAUUUCAGAAAUGGUAUCAACAAAAUAUAAAACAGUUUAGUUUUUUGCAACUGCUUUGUUUGAAAUCAUAUCCCGAAGUACGUGUGACUGUGUUUACAUUGAAUCACCGUGGAAUCCUAUGACUGCAGAGUUUGAAAGUAUUUUGCCAGACAUGCAGUAUUACAUACCCAUCAUUAUUUAACAUAAGACCUUGUCUACCAGUUCGGUAUAGCUAUUUACAUGCUCCUUUAAAGCGAAGUUACAAGUGCUUAAACGUUAUUUGUUAAACACUUGUUAGUUUUAUAUCAUGAUUCACUUCUCGGUCAUGUUUUGAAAUAAUAUCAAGUGUUCCUACAUUAUGUGCAGUUCAAAGGUUGAAAAUCUUUGAAGUGUCAACUAUUAGACCAGGUAGGUAAGCAGUAUGUGAAGAUGCUUCUUCACUAAGCCAAUGUAGUACUGCAGGUCUUUUGGCAAGGAAGUUUUUUUGUCUUUUUGCGCAUGCUUAAGCAAUACGGACUCUAACCAAUGUGCAUUUGAAAAGUAGUAAGGUUUAUUCAUUGGCUGAUUUUGCUCUCCUGUACAUUUGUAUAACAUACACUCGCAGAACAAUAUUUUCACGUCUUACUCAUAAAGGAUAUUUCAAAUAAUUCGUAAAUGGGCUAACAUCGGAGGAUUUAGGCAAGGUGUGAUUUGGCAACUUUCCAUUGGGGGGAAAAUAUAGUCUAACCAUCUCCAUGACUGACACGGAAUGCGGAGGCCUUCAUCCAAUACUAGAUUGACAAAUAACAAAAUAUAAAUUUCGAUUUAAAGCUUUCGUGACUGCAAGGAUUCAUCUUCUUUGGUUCUUUCGGUAAAGUCACGUAGAAUGAGAAUAAAAUAAAAUUCUCAUUCUACGUGACUUUACCGAAAGAACCAAAGAAAACAAAAUAUAAUUGCACACAUAACAGGUAAUAUUGCCUCAAUUUGUUAUAUACACUUUCGAAUACUAAUAAUACAGGCAUGCAUUUUACCUUGGGAAGCCUCACUGAUUUUUCUCAAGACUUUUUCAGGAGGGUCAUUAUACAUUGAAAUGUUUGCCCAAUACCAAUAAUAAGUGUUUGGCUUCUUGUGGAACAAAACCACAUGAGGUGGUGACAUCGAGGGAUUCAAUGAUCAAUUUAUCCUUAUGGCAGUACCCCAGGGUACCAAAUAAUACAAAAUGGCCGAGGCAAUCAAAUAUUUAAUUUCUGGGACAUUUUUUUUCCAGGGGUGUACUUAAAUCUGUGACUGGGGUACCAAUCAAUCCUAAACCAGUGUUACUCCGCGAUGUUGAAACGCAGCAAGGACGAUUGCGCUGAAACCCUGAACGCUCGUAUGCACCAUAGUGAUGCAUCGUGUACAGCUCGUCAAGAUGAGUCGAUUGCCGCAUCGCCGACCAUCAACAGACUAAAAAUGACUGCAUCACGGACAUUAUCCGAGAGCCGGGGUACUGCCAUAACGUUCAAUUGUCCUUCCAUCUUCUGGCCACUUUGCAGCCAGCCCCAAACCUAAGCAUUCAAGUAUGAACAAAAUCUUUGAUAUCCAGAGGGUGUAUAAUUAGCCCCCUCCUCGGGUAUGAUGGUUGAAAGUGAAGUCAUGGGGAUGAAAGGAUUUCACAGAAAGCAGAGCCCUGACUAUCAAAUCGCAUCCCGGUUGUAGAUGUGGAUUUCCUUAUUUGGAAAUUAGAUGGUCAUUGCCAAGGAGAAUGCACAUUUAGGUAAUAAUGUCUCCUACAUUGUUCAGGUGACAAUGGCAAUGGAAUUUCUUACUUGGUCUAAAGGUCUAACAUUAAAUUGCAUUUUUACAAGUCGGCAAGCCAUUGGUAUUGUGUGUUUACCAUAGUUAAUGCUGUAUAUGUGUUGUGGUAGUUAGGGUUAUGUUAUUUCCAUUUUGUGUCUGUAUGCAAAUGUGGUUAUAUUUAUAUAAAUAUGCAAUAUAUUAUUUGCCACUUAAAUGAAUAAACAAGUAAAAUGUUAAAUACUCCUUAUCUGAACAUAUGUAAGACAAAUCUGUCAAUAAAGAUAUUAAAUGCAAUCCUGUGGAUUGAU